AUGGUAAUAACACCAACCAACUUUGCUGGCGUCUGCCAUUUAGCAAAAUGCCUGCCAUUACCGGUGGAAAAUGAGCACAUCCGGCCUCGAAUCGACCUCAUCGUGUUCCUAAUAGAUGUGCGUAGUCAGCACAGUGUUGAAGUUGUGAGAUCGUCACUGGCCUAUGUCGAUGUGAACUUCUUCCUUGGAAAAGUUUGCUUUCUCGCCGUUGGGGACAAGUCUGUUAAACACCAGGUAGUGGAGAUGUACACUCUGAAGCAACUGGCAGAUUCCUACUUGAGCCCUCUAAUUCCUGCUGAGCUUGAGUCUACCGAGAGAAGAGCGGCGAUAGCCAAGAGACUCCUUCAGAUGCUGAAGGUUGCAGCCGGCCUGGUCCCGGGAGUGUCAGCCCUUGCUCUCAGCUCAUUGAUUCGACCUUCCUUCAAGACUGAGGCAGUGGAAAGCUAAACAUCUCCAAGGGGCAUCUCCAACCUCUUCUUCUGAAGCUACCCAACUCGAACCUACUUUAUAUAUCGAACUUCAUUUGAUAUUUAAUUUUCAAAUGUGUUUUGAAAUGGCUUCCAAAGCCCAUUUUUCAAUGAAUGAAUUUUGAAAUUAAUCAUCUUAAUUUUGUUGGCUUUGAGACAUUGGGUGGUGAAUGUGCAUGGGGUGGUCUUGGUGGUCUCACCACCUGGCAAGUGAAUGCCAUGUACAGAAUGUAUAGAGCAAUACUAGAACAGGUCCACCAGUGACUUUCCGGCACCUCCUUUAAUCCAGACAAAAUCACCAGAGCGCACUUGAAAUUCCCCCCACCCCACCCCAGAAGUCCCCUCGAAAAUGUGGCGCCUAGGCUGGUUGAGGCGGCAGAUCUCGACCUCAUCAGGACUUUUGCACCGAUCGGUGGGUUGAAAUAGUCUCUUGUGGCCAGGACUCUGGAACUCCGGCCUGGCCAGGAAGCCGGCAGAUCCGUUCCUGUAGCCAACGUCCGAGGCCGACUUUAUGGACAGGUAUCGUGACUCCCCGGUGGCCGAUCCCGUUGACAUCUGUUGGUCUGGCAAAACGGAAAAUCCAGAAAGGCUGUGAAACUAAGUGUGCCGGAAAGUCGGUGAUGGACUUGUCUGUCGAUGACCUAUAAAAUAUGACCCAUGUGGGAGUGGGGGUGGGAUUGCGAAUAGAGUGAACUUUAAAUUAAAAUGAGGGAAUUUUGAGAUAGAAUUCAACAAAACAUAACAAAUGUUGAUCUUCACUCGGGUUUCUUUGGGAAUGUUUUCCAACUCCUAUUCCGGUGAUGCUUGUAAAUAACACAGUGCACGAUAGAACUGAUGUAGACAUUAAACAUUUUGCCAGUUUCAACUUAA